AAUAUGCACAGCAAGCUUGGACAAGAGAAUGUUGAUCCUACCAACCAGAAGACAUUAACACGGUCUGAGAGGUUCUCAAUGGAACAUGUAAAGCGAAGUCCCCUCCUUUGGGUUCUUUGAGUGAUCAUGCUCCUGCUUAUUUUCCUUCUGGGGUUCUUCUUUUUAUUCUCAAUGCCAGCCACUGUAGAAUCAACAAGAAGGGAUGCUGAUAUUAUUGUACCAAACUUUGAUGAGAGGGAAUAUAGAAGAAUUGUACUCCCAAAUCUUAUGCAGACCAUCUUGGUCAGUGACCCAAAAUCCACAACAGCUUCAGCUGCAGUAUCUGUUGGAGUAGGAUCAAACCAAAAUCCAAGAGAUAUAAACGGUCUGGCUCAUCUUCUUGAGCACAUGCUGUUCCUGGGUAGUUCCAAAUACCCAGAUGGAAGAGAGCUACAAAAGAAUGCAGAGCUUGGUGGUGGCUACUCUAAUGCUUACACCUCUCCAGAAGAGACCAAUUACUACUUCAUAUCUGGUGAAAAAGAGUUUGAAAAAUCUAUUGACAUUUUCUCUUGGUUUUUCAAAGAUCCAACACUCAACUCGGAAAGCAUUGAAAAAGAAGUACAAAAUGUUGAUUCUGAACACCGGAAGAAUCUCAACAAUGACUCUUGGAAGGCCAUGAAAUUGAUAAAGGGCAUUUCAGAUGUGAAUUAUACCUACCAUGACUUUUUCACUGGGAAUGUAGAUACCCUCUGGAACAUCCCUCUUGAAAAUAAUGUGAACAUGUCUAAAACAUUAAGGACCUUCUAUGAAGAAUAUUACAGCUCAAACUUAAUGAAACUAGUUAUAAUAGGCAACCAGACCCUCGAUGAACUUGAGAAGCUAGCUACAAAUAAAUUUAUAGGUGUUAUUAACAAAUUUAAGAGGCCUCCGAAGUGAGCAUUUCCCUUUAGAGAUACUAAAUUCCCCUUAGAAAUCAGGUUUGAUCCAGUCAAGAACACUCAUUCUCUAACAAUAGCAUUCAUGUUAGGGAUAAAUGUCUUAAAACAUCAUGAGUCAAACCCGCUGAAGUAUAUCAGCGACCUGAUAACUUACCAAGGGCCUGAUAGUCUCUUCUGGAAUUUGAAAAAUCUCAACCUAAUUCUUGACUUAGAUGCAGGCUUUGUUACUUACAAAUGCUGGUCACUCUUCGAAAUAGAAUUCACUCUGACAGAUAAAGGCGUGGAGACUCAUGAGUACGUCAUCCAGUCAUUCUUCCUCUGGCUAGAGUAUGUCCGGCAAAACUAUGAAUCUCAAGAUAUAUGGGAAAUCAUGUCUAAAGUCUCAGAAUAUGAUUUCUACUACAUGAGUCAGAAGCCAUCCACUAGUGAUAGCUCAGCUUUAGCAAGUAAUAUGCAUAAAUAUCCUUUCAAAUAUGUUUAUGCAACGGAUUCUAUUUUGCUGGAGCAGGACAAUGAGGCAUUUAAGAUGGUACUAGACUCGGUCACAGUGGAUAACAUGCUCCUUUUAUUCUCAUCGCCUGAAAUGUCUAAUAAAAACAGCAGUGUUUACACUGAUUUUAGCCAGAAAGAAGAAUUCUAUGGAACGGAAUACUCUCUGCUUCCUAUAGAUCAUUUCAAAAUGGAUAGUUACGGUUACCCAGAGUUGGACGAAGGAAAGCUGGUCUUAGCAAAUAAUUCAGAAUUUAUUGACCCAAAAAAAUUCAAAAUCUCUGCUAAGAAUAACUUCUUUCCCAAACAAAUGGAAAUGGUCUGCUACGGAACCUGGAAUCCUCUGAGAUUUAUCAUGGAUGUCACUCAUGACUGUGGUGAGGAAGCAAUGAAGGCUGACGGCGAGAGUAUCACACCAACCCUGCUAGCAAAGGAUAACAAAGGAGAGCUGUGGCAUAAGCUAGAUAGAUCCUUUAAGAUUCCUGUCGCCAAUAUCAGAAUUAGAAUCGAAACUGACAAAGGAAAUGAUAAUUUAAAACAGUCCACCACACUUUACUUUUUCGAGUCCCUCCUUGGAGAGUGGAUACUUGAAAAUCUUUACGAUGCACUGCAAAUGAGCUAUUCCUUCACCUUCACUGCUACUGCAAACGGGUUGGAGAUGAAUAUUGAAGGAUACAAUGACAAGAUCUUAGAACUUACAGAAACACUCCUCAAAAGUUUUAAAAACUUAGAAAUAACUGAAUUCAAAUUCGAAGCUAUUAAAGUCAAAUUUUUGAAUGAUUUGGAGAAUCUGAAGACUGACCAACCUUUCAAGCUUGCUUUCAUGUUUUCAAAAAUACUAUACAGAGAGCACGGGCAUUCUUUCAAUCAAAUAUUUGAGGCUGCUAAAAAUCUCACUCUUGAGGAUGUUGAGAAUUUACAUUCAGAAUUAUUCAAUCAAGCUUACAUCAAAACACUUGUGCAUGGCAAUAUACUUGGUAAGCAGGCGUCCAUCUUCAAGCAAUCGAUUGAUUCAAUUCUCCAGGCUGGAACUCUAGACAACCCUGCAAAGGCGGUCACUAGGCUUCAUUUCCUAGAUGGGCCUUAUGUGUAUGCUUACCACUCAUUCAACCCAGAUGAGCAGGACUCAGCCGUUUUUAACACUUACCAAGUGAGUUUCAUUGAAAAUAGAGUGCCAGCAAGCAUCAGAGACCUGAUCUGUCUCAACAUGAUAAGCUCAUUGAUUUCAAAUUUUGCUUACAACUACCUUAGAACUGAGCGGCAACUAGGCUACAUUGCCUCUUCUGGAGCCUUCUCGAUUGGAAGAUCAGGCUUUCUCUACGUAACUAUUCAGGGCAACAAAGAAUCUCCGCAGGAGAUGGAUAAUCAUAUUGAAGAAAUGCUCAGAGAAUUUAGAAGCCAAGAAAUUAGGAACAUGACUCAAGAAGAGUUUGAAGUUGUCAGAGAUAGUGUCCGUCAGCAGAUCACACAACCAGACCAAUCCUUAAGCGACAGAACUGCUCGAAUUUGGAAGGAUAUUACCAUUAUUGACCAGGACUUUAAAAUUAGGGAGAAGAGCCUUGAGCAGUUGGAUUCAUUGACUCUUGAAGAAUUAGAAGACAUUUAUGUACGUAAGAUAGCACCAGAUGAUCCCAAAGAUGUGCAGAAGUUGUCAGUCCAGUUCUACUCAUCAGCCCAGUAUCCUACCUUGCCCACUGAAUUCCCAAAUGCCUUUACCAAAUACAAAGGAAUCAAUGAACUCAAUGAAGAAUUUGUGAAAUCUCAGUUCUAGCCAAUAA